AUGGAUGGAUAAUAAAGAAGAGUAUUUUAAAUCUUCAUAUCUUCAAAGUUAAAUUAUUUAAUAUAAUAUUUAUCAAUUAUAUUCUUUCUCCAAAAAUUUAGAAUUUAAUCCAUUUAUUAAAGGUAAAUAUUAUAAAAAUGGAUUCAAUUAUAUGGUACUUACUCUGGGUUAUAUUGUUUAGAAGAAACCCCAUAUUAUUAGAUCUUUAAACAUAAAGUAAAUUAUAAAUUUAGAGAAGUAGAAUAAAUAAAUCUAAAAAAAGGCAAAAAUUUCUAUGCUAAAUUAGAAUUGUUUACACAAAAAUAUCAAGAAAAAAUUAAUCAGGAGAAAAAGAAACAUUAAAGCAACAUUUGUGAACUAAUUAAAGAGAAUCAAUUGAUUAAGACAAAAGAAUAUUUUACAGUGAUUUUAAAAAAGAAAAGAUAGCUCAAUAGUAGAAUUGGAUGUGAUAAAUAUAUUAAAAUCUUCGAGUUUAAAUAGGGAAUAAUGAAAAUAAUAUAAUUAAUCAGUAAAUAUUCUAAUAUUAUAGCAACUUUAAACCUUAUGAAGAAAACAAAUUUAUUAAUAUUAAGAAGUUUUAGAAAUAGAUAGAUUAUAAUUUAGCUGAUUUAUCAAAAUAAUUAACAGAUUGUUCAUAAAAAGUAAAUGGGCGCUCAAAAGGAAUAUCCUGUUGAAUUUUUAAUUAUAAUGAGGAUCUAUUUGUAUCAAGUAGUUUCGAUAGAUCAAUUAAAUUCUCAGUCAAAUAGAAUGAAAGGCCAUUCUAGUAAACAAUAAAUUUGUAUGAAUGGCAUUUUAAACAUUUCUCGCCUUUGA